AUGGGGCUCCAAACCUACCACCCGAGCCACCCGGACAGGAAGCCCCGCCCAGAACGGAAUUCGUCUUCCCACCGGAAGCCCCGCCCCCGCGCCGGGCUGAGCGCCGGAAGCUCGCGUGCCGCAGGGCGCGAGAGGGACCCGAGGCUUCCCGGGGCUGCUGGACGUGGGGUCUCACACCGGGUAACCUCCCAACUCUGUGUAUGGAAACUUCGAGAGGGUCAGAGGGCGCGGGAGCGGGGCGGGCGCCGUUGCGGCCGCGAGGGGCGGGCCCGGCCGGGCCGACGUCACAGUGGGACGUUCCAGCGCUGCCGCAUCCCCAAUACGAGGUGUGAAGAGCCAUGCGUGGGCAAGGUUGAAAGCGUUCUUCCCCCUUCCUUGUUACCCAGUGCGGAGGGAGGGAGGCAGCCCGAAAUCCUUACUGUGGAGCCGAGCAACUAUGGACCCUGGAAACAAUUUGAACCCCUUUGCAAAUUUCAUCAGACAGAAGCAUUUAAUAAUGAAAUGGAAACAUUUCAAAAUCUGACAGAAGGCUUAUCUUAUACAGAGGAGCCAGAAUUGCAAUGUCAUGUAUUUAAUUAUGCAGAAGACACCAAUAUACAGGAAGAUUCAUUUAAGGAAGAAAAUCCAAAGGGAACUAGCACUUCCACAAAUAAAGAUCAACUUGUUCUUAAGUGUGUCAGACAACCUCCUAGAAGGCCACCUCUAAUCCACUGUAGUGGAGAGAUGCUGAAAUUCAUGGAAAUGUCACCGGCUAAUAGUACUGCCAUGGAAUCUGCCCUCAACCGUAGUCAACCUCAAGGCUUCUUGUGUGAGGAAAAUUUACCCAGUGAUGUUGAACAAGCACUUUAUAAGGAGAAUAGCUUUAACCUGCUUCAUCUGAGAGCUAAUUAUAAAACAGAGGAGAUUGCAGGUUCUUCAAAAGGAAUACAGAAUUCUACAGAUAUUCCUGAGAUGUCAGUCAGACACCAAAAGGAAGUCGCAGUGGAGGGGAGGGAGAGUCCAGAGAUUAUCUCAACUUGGUCUCCGACAGGCAUUUCUUGGAGUGGUGGAGCAUCUUGGGAGGACUGCAUGACACCCGACAGAGAGCAGAGCUUGGAAAGCGCACAACCUCUGGAAGAGGACAUGGCUUUAAACGAAGUCCUACGAAAAUUAAAACAUACUAACAAAGAACAGCAAACUCUGAUCCAAGACCUACAGCGUCGUAACAUGUAUUUAGAGAAGAAGAUUGAAGAACUGCAGGUGAAGACAACUAAACAGCACGUGUUUGUGGACAUGAUCAAUAAGCUAAAGGAGAAUGUUGAAGAAUUAAUUGAAGACAAAUACAGAGUAAUGCUAGAGAAGAAUGAUACACAGAAGACAUUGCAGGAUUUGCAUGAGAUUUUAGUUAACACCCAAAAACAUCUUCAGGAAUCCAGGAAUGAAAAGGAAACCUUACAGCUAGAGUUUAAGAAGAUCAAGGGCAAUUAUGUUAGUCUACAGGAAAGGUACAUGACUGAAAUGCAACAAAAAAAUAAAGCUGCAAAUCAGUGCAUGGAGAUGGACAGAGCCUUAAGCAAGAAAGAAGAGGUAGAGAGGCUGCAGCAACUCAAAGGAGAACUGGAAAAGGCCACCACUUCUGCUCUGGACUUGUUGAAAAAGGAAAAAGAGACCCGAGAACAAGAGUUCCUGUCUUUACAGGAGGAAUUUCAGAAACGUGAAAAGGAAAACCUGGGUGAAAGACAGAAACUGAAAUCUAGACUUGAGAAAUUGGUUACUCAAGUUCAAAAUUUGCAGCUCAUAUCCGACAACGAAAAGGCUAAGAAUACAGAACUCCAGCAGCAGAUCAACAAAGUAAAAAAUGAAAACUCAAAACUUCAGCAGCAGGUUGCAAGGAGUGAGGAGCAAAAUUAUGUCCCUCAAUGUGAGACAGCUCACCUCAAGGAGAACUUAGAGGAAGGAACAGAGCCAGAUACGGCAAAGGUAUUAUCACAAAUUCAGAAUCUCUAAUGCAGAAUUUCAGGAGUUUCUAGUAGUCUUCUGAUGCAUAUUUGGGCAUGGUCCAUACACAAAUUUGUUGGCAGAGAGUCAUUAACAAAAAAGAAAGGAAAAUGCACUACAGGUUUGGAGAAGUUUCUUUGGUUCUUGGGUACUCACAUUAAAGAACAGCCGUUCCUAGCCUCUUGUGAUUAUUUUGGUAGUGGUGAAAAUUAAUGUGGGAAUUUUGUGGGUUCCUAUGACCAAUCAUCCGGAGCAUCCU